CGCUUUGAUCAAACCGCGUGACGUAAUCAUCCUGCGACAGAGUCGGUUUACUGCCGCGACGGAAAAUCCCGUUAUAAACAUACAAAUGUAAUGAUUUGAAUACUACAGGCGCGAGUUGGCUUAGCAGCAUUUUAUAUAGACACGUUUGCUCAGAGACACACGCACACAUGUUUAAAAAAUUGGUUAAUGCUUGUAUACUUAUGUUGCAGUCAUACUUGAAAACUCAGUAACGUUAGCAACCGUGUCCUCCAUUGAGACACUUGAGCAGCUAGGCUAACUCGCAAGCAAGUGCAGUUCCAACUUAAAAUCCACAUUGGAGGAGCCUGAUGGUGGAGAGCUGCUAAAGUAGGCAGGCAAAAGCCAGCAGGGAGGCCCUGGAGGAAUGGGCAAGGCUGGACAUGAGAGUCCAAGUUCAUAACAGCUCCGACCAUUCAAAGCCGGCACCAGCCGAGAUGUCGGAGAAUGGCCGCGCACGAAGGAAACGCGUGCCCAAGUUAUGCGACUGCUGUGGGCCGAACACCAAACCUCACGCGCUGGGUCACGGGCCGGUCACGAAGAAACGUGGCCGCAGGAAGAAGGAGGUGGCGAACGAAGUGGAGGUGACGACUGACAACCAUUUAAGUUCUGCAUUUGUAGACCUAGCAUCAACACCAGACACCACAGACACCACAGACACCAUGACUGUGUGUGACAUGCAACAAGUAACACUUCCCGAACCAGGCCCACCACUGAGUGGGGAACAGAUUAUUCCUCUGGUUCUGCACAAUGGCACUGCGGCCAGUCCAGAAAAUGGUCCAAAAACUAACAGUGAAUGCAAUGAUGCCGAUUGCACUCCACUCAGUGACUCAAAAGAGCCCAGUUCUGUCACGCACAGUACAACUCAAGCCAGUUUGGAUGCACACUGUGAUCCUACAACACCUCUGGACUGCAUGCAUGGUAGUCUGACCUCACACAGUGACUGUACAGAAAAAUGCGUAGGUCCUGCUGCAGAGAGCAGCAUCACUACGUCAGAUCAGCCCACAGACACUGAUGCCAUGGAAAUUGAACAUGCUGUUUAUGCAGUUUAUCUAAACACAAAGGCUUUAAGGGACCACCGUUACUGCAAACGGCCUCACGGCGAUGCAGAAGAAGAGCAAGCUAAUAUCUCACAGCCGCCUUCAGCUGAAAUCCAGCAGGAAGAUAUUGUAGAACUCCUUCACGAAUACCUCGAGUUUUUCUAUGGGAAAUAUGGGAGCUUCAUUCCACUGAGCGAGGAGGACAUUCUUGAGUACCUGAACAAACACUUGAACGCUGACUUUAAUGACAGAGGAAAAAUGAUAAACAAAGAAGUGCUGAAGUACAAGGCCAGCUUGGCCUGCGCAUCGAUGCAUUUCUUCAAAGUGACCUAUAACAAGCACACUCUGGCACUCGAAGACCUUUCAACACUUGAAGACCAAAACUGGGUCAAUGACCAGGUCAUAAACAUGUAUGGUGAAUUGAUCAUGGAUGCUACAAACCACAAGGUUCAUUUCUUCAACAGUUUCUUUUACAAACAGCUUGUAGCAAAAGGUUAUGAAGGAGUGAAGAGGUGGACAAAAAAGGUGGAUGUGUUCUCUAAAAGAUUGCUGCUGAUUCCCCUCCACUUGGAGAUCCACUGGUCCCUGAUUACUGUGGACGUCCCCAAGCAAAACAUAAACUUCUAUGAUUCCCAAGGAAUAUUGUUCAAGUUUGCUGUUGAAAACAUUUUGAAAUACAUCAUAGCGGAGGCAAAAGAAAAGAAGCACGCUGCUCUCCAAAAAGGCUGGAAGAUGACUGUCAACAAGGGUAUUCCACAACAGAAGAAUGAUAAUGACUGUGGAGUUUUUGUUCUGGAGUACUGCAAGUGCCUGGCAUUUAAAGGACCAUUGCAGUUCACACAAGAGGACAUGCCUAAAGUGCGCAAAAGAAUAUACAAGGAACUCUGUGACUGCAAGCUCUCUGACUUACAAAAACAGGUCUAAGUUUAAUGUUUAAACGCUCAUGUGCUGGUCAAUGGAUUUUUUUUUUGUUGGUCACGAUGGAAGAGGACCUGCACCUCACGGUCAUAAGUCUGGAGAGAAUUCGUCAUUCGUUGUUCUGGACAAGAAACUGACUCGAGAUGCCAAAACAUCAAGCUUCUGCACAUGGUCAGUUUUACAUCGUCUCCAGAUGACGUUAACUGUUGGCUAUCGAAAGGCUACUUCUAACAAUCAUGUGUGGCAACCUCAGAAAACAAAUGAGUCUUCUUUUUGUACAUUUCUUUGUCCUAAGCCUUUGCAGCUUGUUAAACCUUUUACCCAUAUCCCAAACUAUGUGGUUCUGUCAGAUUCCUUUUAAACAAAUAUGCAGUGUGAGAUACACAGCAUGUAACUUGAAGGAUCUGCAUUUUAUAUUCUCGACUGCGUUCUGAAUUUGAACAAAAGGCAAACUUUUAAAUGAAUGUACUGUUAAAAUGAAGAAUUUUUUUUUAAUUUCCCCACAGAACUUGACAUUUAAACAACAGUUUCUCAGCAACAAAUCUCAGACUGACCAUGCUUUCCUAAUGGGCCAUAUUCUUUUUAUCUUUCAUACUCUUUGUUAGAAGCACUCUAGACACUUUCUUUAACGCUUUAAUGUUUUUUUAAAAGCAAUGUCACCUGACAGUUCCUGUAGCAUGUAGUUGUAAGUUCCGUUUCGACUUCCAUAAGGUGUUUUACGUUCAUGGUAACCAUGGUUUUAAAAGAAUUAUGUACCAGAGUGGGUCAAGUUUAGUUGUGGUUUGACUACUAAGCAAGUUAAAACCAUGUAUGUACUUCAACCAGACAGAACAGCUUGUAUUCAUGAAGGCUGGUGUAUAUUCACAGAACAGUGACGGGAACUAUAUUAAUGAUAGCCUUCAAUUAAAAAAAACAAAGCUUUACUGUGUACGUAGCUGGCACAGUAUGGUACAGAUGUAUUUCCAGCACAGUCCUUGUCCAUUAAUGACAGCCAGAAUGACCAACAGUUAUGAGUAAAUAGGGUUAGAUAUCAAUUUGUGGGAUACUGUAUUUUUAGUUACUUGAAGUGUAACUACAAAAUUUGACCUCAGUGAAAUGCUUCUGUUUCCUUCUGUUUGACUACUAUUUGUCAUUAUUUAAACAACCAUAUAAAACAUUAUUGUUAACAUUC